CGGGCGCGCCGGAGCCUGCGAGCCCGCGAGCCAGCGAGCGGCGGCUGCGGCCUCCCCUGCGCGCAGCUACCCGAGCGUCCCGGCCCGCGGCCCCGCUAACCCCGGGGCCCGCGUCCCCGCGGCAGGGAUGCAUCAUGGCCACGCUGGCUUGCCGGGUGCAGUUCUUGGACGACACGGACCCUUUCAACAGUACCAACUUCCCCGAGCCCAGCCGGCCGCCGCUGUUCACGUUCCGCGAGGACCUCGCGCUCGGCACCCAGCUGGCGGGGGUCCAUCGACUGCUGCGGGCGCCGCACAAGCUGGAUGACUGUACUCUGCAGCUGUCUCACAAUGGCGCCUACCUGGAUUUGGAGGCCACCCUGGCAGAGCAGCGGGAUGAGUUGGAAGGCUUCCAGGAUGACGCUGGGCGGGGCAAGAAGCACAGCAUCAUCCUAAGGACGCAGCUGUCCGUGAGGGUCCAUGCCUGCAUCGAAAAACUAUACAACUCCAGUGGACGAGAUUUGAGAAGGGCCCUUUUCUCCCUGAAGCAGAUAUUUCAGGAUGACAAGGAUUUGGUACAUGAAUUUGUAGUGGCUGAAGGUCUGACAUGUCUGAUCAAGGUGGGAGCUGAGGCUGAUCAGAACUAUCAGAACUACAUCUUAAGGGCUUUGGGCCAGAUUAUGUUGUAUGUGGAUGGAAUGAAUGGAGUAAUAAACCACAAUGAAACCAUUCAGUGGCUGUACACUCUCAUUGGGUCAAAGUUCCGCCUGGUGGUGAAGACAGCGCUGAAGCUGCUGCUCGUCUUUGUAGAGUACUCCGAGUCCAACGCGCCUCUCCUAAUUCAGGCUGUCACUGCUGUUGACACGAAAAGAGGGGUCAAACCUUGGUCAAAUAUCAUGGAAAUCCUGGAGGAAAAAGAUGGAGUUGAUACAGAGCUACUGGUUUAUGCAAUGACUUUGGUGAACAAGAAUGUCAGAUGGAAUCAUACAACGUUAUCAGGACUGCCAGACCAAGACACCUUCUACGAUGUCGUGGACUGCCUGGAGGAGCUGGGCAUCGCUGCUGUGUCCCAGAGGCACUUGAACAAGAAAGGGACUGACCUGGACUUAGUGGAGCAACUCAACAUUUAUGAGGUGGCGCUCAGGCACGAGGAUGGCGAUGAGACCGCGGAGCCACCCCCCAGUGGGUGCCGGGACCGGAGGAGGGCCAGCGUGUGUUCCAGUGGCGGGGGCGAGCACCGGGGCCUGGACCGCAGAAGGAGCCGCAGGCACUCAGUGCAGAGCAUCAAGAGCACCCUGUCGGCCCCCACCAGUCCCUGCUCCCAGUCAGCUCCCAGCUUCAAGCCCAGCCAAGUGCGAGAUCUGCGUGAAAAGGAGGAGGAGGAGGAAGAGGAGCAGCCAAUCACGGAGCCCAAUUCUGAAGAAGAGAGAGAGGAUGAUGCUUCCUGUCAGGGCAAGGACAGCAAGGACAGCCCUGCCUCGGGGCAGAGCCCCACUGGAAAGGAUGCUGCUCCCAAGAGCUCUGCCCUCCCUGCUGUCUCGAAUGCCAGCUUGCAGGGAAAGCAGCUUCUGGCUGGCACGGCAGGUGGGACCACCCGGCGCAGUGGGUCCUCUGGGCCUGAGGCCAUCCCAUCUGCCCUCCUGUCACCCCCUGCCUCAGCUGCUCGGCCCUCCUCUGCCACACCCGGCUCCCUGAAGGUGUCACCGACCAUAGACAAGCUGCCCUACGUGCCCCACAGCCCUUUCCACCUCUUCUCCUAUGACUUUGAGGACUCCCCCCUGUCCACCAAGGAGAAGGAAGCAGAGUCCCAGAAGGAAAGCAGUUCCUCUGAUUCUGUCUCUUUGAGCGCAUAUUCUGCCUCUGAGCCUUACCACUUCCGAUCUUUCUCUUCUAAUAGAUACAGCAAUUUUGGCAACAACUCUCAUCACUCCUCAAGACCCUCAUCUGGAUCCAGUGUGCCCACCACCCCCACAUCAUCCGUCUCACCCCCACAGGAGGCCAGGUUGGAAAGGUCAUCACCGAGUGGUCUUCUCACAUCAUCCUUCAGGCAGCACCAAGAGUCACUGGCAGCAGAGAGAGAGAGGCGGCGGCAGGAGAGAGAAGAAAGGUUGCAGAGAAUAGAGCGAGAAGAAAGAAACAAAUUCAGCCGAGAUUAUUUAGACAAAAGAGAGGAGCAAAGGCAAGCAAGAGAAGAAAGAUACAAAUACUUGGAACAGUUGGCAGCUGAGGAACACGAGAAGGAGCUGAGAAGCCGGAGUGUGAGCCGGGGCAGAGCCGACCUCUCCUUGGACCUGACCUCGCCGGCAGCCCCAGCCUGCCCGGCUCCUCUGAGCCAUAGCCCCUCAUCUUUAGACUCUCAAGAGGCCCUCACAGUGUCUCCCUCCUCCCCAGGAACCCCUCACCAUCCCCAAGCAAGUGCCGGGGAUCCUGAGCCCGAAUCAGAGGCAGAACCGGAACCAGAGGCAGGGGCAGGGCAGGUUGCUGAUGAAGCUGACCAGGACAUAGCCUCUGCCCACGAGGGUGCAGAGACCGAAGUGGAGCGGGCACUAGAGCAAGAGCCGGAAGAAAGAGCCUCCCUCAGUGAAAAAGAGAGACAGAACGAGGGGGUGAACGAGAGGGACAACUGCUCUGCCUCCAGCGUCUCGUCCUCCAGCAGCACAUUGGAGAGGGAGGAGAAGGAGGACAAGCUCUCCGGGGACAGGACCACCGGUUUGUGGCCCGCAGGUGUCCAGGAUGCAAGUGUAAAUGGACAGUGUGGCGACAUCCUCACCAACAAACGGUUCAUGCUUGACAUGCUGUAUGCCCAUAACAGGAAGACUCCUGGUGAUGAGGAGAAGGGAGAUGGGGAGGCCGGGAGGACCCAGCAGGAGGCAGAGGCGGUAGCCAGCCUUGCUACCAGAAUAUCUACCCUGCAGGCCAACUCUCAGACCCAGGAUGAGAGCGUCAGGAGGGUGGACGUCGGCUGUUUGGACAAUCGGGGCAGUGUGAAAGCAUUUGCUGAGAAAUUCAACAGCGGGGACCUGGGGAGAGGUUCCGUCUCCCCUGAUGCUGAGCCCAAUGACAAGGUCCCAGAAACAGCGCUGGUGCAGCCAAAGACAGAGUCUGAUUACAUCUGGGACCAACUCAUGGCCAAUCCAAGAGAACUCAGAAUCCAAGACAUGGAUUUCACUGACCUGGGGGAGGAGGAUGACAUUGACGUCCUAGAUGUGGACCUAGGUCACAGGGAGGCCCCUGGGCCACCUCCCCCACCCCCACCCACCUUUCUGGGUUUGCCGCCCCCACCCCCACCACCCCUGUUGGACAGCAUCCCUCCCCCUCCUGUCCCCGGUAAUUUAUUGGCUCCUCCUCCUCCAGUGUUCAACGCUCCUCAGGGCUUAGGGUGGUCCCAGGUACCCAGGGGUCAGCCCACAUUCACUAAGAAAAAGAAAACCAUCCGUUUGUUCUGGAAUGAAGUUCGGCCUUUUGACUGGCCAUGUAAAAACAACCGACGCUGCAGAGAAUUCCUGUGGUCAAAACUGGAACCCAUUAAGGUGGACACUUCCAGACUGGAGCACCUGUUUGAGUCUAAAUCCAAGGAACUAUCUGUCUCAAAGAAAACUGCUGCAGAUGGAAAAAGGCAAGAGAUCAUUGUUCUGGAUUCCAAGAGGAGUAACGCCAUCAAUAUUGGUCUGACGGUGCUGCCCCCUCCAAGGACGAUUAAGAUCGCCAUUUUGAAUUUUGAUGAGUAUGCCUUAAACAAAGAAGGAAUCGAGAAAAUUCUAACGAUGAUUCCCACCGACGAGGAGAAGCAGAAAAUCCAGGAAGCUCAGCUGGCCAACCCUGAAAUCCCCUUGGGCAGUGCAGAGCAGUUCCUCCUCACCCUCUCCUCCAUCAGCGAGCUCUCUGCACGACUUCACCUCUGGGCAUUCAAAAUGGAUUACGAAACUACAGAAAAGGAAGUAGCAGAACCACUCCUGGACCUGAAGGAAGGAAUAGACCAGUUGGAGAACAAUAAAACCUUGGGCUUUAUCCUGUCUACUCUCUUAGCCAUUGGAAACUUUCUAAAUGGAACUAAUGCCAAAGCGUUUGAGUUAAGCUACCUCGAGAAGGUUCCAGAAGUCAAAGACACAGUGCACAAGCAGUCGCUUCUCCACCACGUGUGCACCAUGGUGGUGGAAAACUUCCCAGACAGCUCCGAUCUGUACUCGGAGAUCGGGGCCAUCACCAGGUCAGCCAAGGUUGACUUUGAUCAACUUCAGGAUAAUUUAUGUCAGAUGGAGAGAAGAUGCAAGGCUUCAUGGGAUCACCUCAAGGCAAUUGCAAAACAUGAAAUGAAACCGGUUUUAAAACAACGGAUGUCAGAGUUCCUGAAAGACUGUGCAGAGCGAAUUAUAAUUUUAAAGAUUGUCCAUAGAAGGAUAAUCAACAGAUUCCACUCCUUUUUACUCUUUAUGGGCCAUCCACCUUACGCAAUUCGGGAAGUGAACAUAAACAAAUUCUGCAGGAUCAUUAGUGAAUUUGCACUGGAGUAUCGCACAACCAGGGAAAGGGUUUUGCAGCAGAAACAGAAACGGGCCAACCACAGAGAGAGAAAUAAGACCAGAGGGAAGAUGAUCACUGAUACUGAUGACGAGGAGGAAGUUGAGUCCGGCAAGUUUUCCGGCAGUUCUCCGGCGCCCCCAAGCCAGCCGCAGGGUCUGAGCUACGCGGAGGAUGCGGCUGAGCACGAGAACAUGAAGGCUGUGCUGAAAACGUCGUCUCCCUCCGUGGAGGACGCCGCCCCCGCGCUGGGCGUCCGCACACGCAGCCGAGCAAGCCGAGGAUCCACUAGUUCCUGGACUAUGGGAACUGAUGACUCGCCCAAUGUCACAGACGAUGCAGCUGAUGAGAUCAUGGACCGCAUCGUCAAGUCGGCCACCCAAGUGCCCAGUCAGCGAGUGGUGCCGAGGGAGAGGAAACGAUCCCGGGCCAACCGGAAAUCUUGCUGCGGCCUGCGCCACCACUGCAGUGCGAAGAACCCUGAAGAGCGGCCUGACCCCGGAAGAAGCCAGAGCCCUGGGCUUGGUGGGCACCUCAGAGUUGCAGCUGUGACACUCAUGGGGUACUCCCAGGAGUGUGCUGAGCAGAAGGCAAGCUCUUGCUGGAUGAAACCUCUCCAGGUGGGGUUGGGGAGACUUGACAUUAACAUCCAACAGUUUGAAAAGGGAGAGCUCAAUUCCCAGUGUCACCCCAUGGCUUGUGUUGCCUGCUACGCAUUGACUUGGAUCUCCAGGAGUCCCCUGCACAUACCUUCUCCAUCGUGUCAGCUGUGUUUUUCUUGAUUCCAUGACACCCGGUUUUAUUAGUUCCAAAGUGUGACACCUUUUCUGGGCAAGGAACAGCCCCUUUAAGGAGCAAAUCACUUCUGUCACAGUUAUUACGAUAAUAUGAGGCAAUCUGAUUAGCUUCACAGACUGAGUCUCCACAACACCGAAAUAUCGAGAUGUAAACCCCAAACUUGUACACAAAAGAAAGCACAGAUUGUUUACCAGUUGUGGAUUUUAGAUGUACCAAAUGUUUAUACAAAUACAUAAAUGUACACCAUGUUUCAAAUACUAAAUAAAUAGAGUUUAAUGCCA